AUGCCUUUGAUUGAAGAGAUAACUGAAGAUGAGCCGGUUUUAGUUGAGAAACCAAAACGAGUUCAGAUUGAAGUUGUAGAAAAGGGGUCUUCAGAUGUGGUGGGACCACCACUGGUAGAGAACCAAAAUGGAGACCAACAGAAUGGAAAGGAGUCCGAUGAGGAUGCUGAUGAAAAAGACAAGGAAGAUGAAAAUGAAGGUCACAAGGAAGAUACCGGAGAUGGAGAUAAGACAAAGGAUGAGAAGACAGUCAGCCAAGACGAUCCAUCAAAAACUAAAACGAAGAAUGACUGGCCAAGAUUGACUAAGGCAUUUUUGAAGCAGCAUUGUAAGGAUUUGAAGCUGUAUCUCACCCCAGCUUUAAAUGAUGUUUUAUACCUUCACUACAAAGGUAUCUUUGAGAUUGAGGCUCUUGAGGAGUACACAGGCCUCAAGUGUCUAUGGUUGGAAGUAAAUGGGAUCAAGAAGAUUCAGAAUCUGGAGAACCAGGUGAAUUUGCGCUGUCUGUUCCUCCAACAGAACCUGAUAGACCGUCUGGAGAACCUGGAGCCACUACAGCAACUGGAUACCUUAAACGUCAGUCACAAUGUCAUCCGCAAGAUACAGAACCUUGCAUGUCUGCCUGUCCUCAACACUCUGAAUAUAUCCCACAACAAACUGAGCUCCGUCGAGUCCCUGGAACACUUGACCGAGUGUGAAAGUCUCAGUGUCCUCGAUCUGUCCCACAAUUCCAUUGAAGACCCUGCUGCUAUCAACGUCUUUGAGAAAAUGAAGUCCUUGAAAGUUUUGAACUUGAUGGGAAAUGGAAUUAUCAGGAACAUCAAGAACUACAGAAAGACCUGCAUUGUUAAAAUGACAAGUGCUUUCCAGAACAUUCCAGAAACAUCCCUUCAAAAUGAACUAGUGAGACUUUACUAG